AUGGCAUACUAUGCUUAUGACUCCCGGUACGGCUCAGGGUUCCCACGUCGACGUAAAAAUGCGGGCUCUAUCGUAGGAAGGUUCAUCAUUGUGGAUCAAGAACCCGAGGAACAAAGUGAAGAAGAAAUGAACUGCAACGAGGACUUUGCGUCUGACGACGAACGCGUGGAGUCCGACGAAGAAUCCGGUGGGUCGCAGGAAGACGACGAGAUGGAGGAAGAAGAGCUUGAGAAGGAAGAAGCCCAACCCAAAGAACCGGGCGAACCGUGUUCGUACAGUUUCAGGUCAAGGGAUCGCGUCUGGGUGAAAUAUAAGGGAAGAUGGUAUUCAGGCACGGUCCUGCGAGAAUCAUCAAUUUCUACCUCGGAAAAGACAUAUUAUAGGGUCGUCUUCCAUUACAACGUGGAAAUGGCGUUCUCUCCGCUGGACGGAAACAUCAAGCCGGAUACUCCUUACAUCCUCAAGUUGUUGCAGGAUGCUGGUGAGAUAUCGUCACUCACCCGGCAUCUUUGCAUUAUGAGCCUCCUGCAAGACGUCCUCAGAACGCAAACACUAGACUCACUAGAUAAACAGCUCGGUGUUGCUGCAGAUCACGUCCAGAACGGACGGACGACCCCGAACCAGGAGAGGGAGGACAGCGACGACGAGCUGGUGAACGUCGUGUCGCUCCCUGGAACACCAGCACGCUCGCGCCCGGCCUCUCGGCCACCAUCUCCCACUCGCGGAGCAGCCUCUCGACGCCCCCCGGGCCCUCUGCACAUUUCAUCAGCUAGAAACAUGUCAGACCCGCUGAAAGCAUUCCAAACCGAGCUUUCUCAGCGCAUCUUCUCUCUCCUGAGCCUUAAGGAUCUAGCGACCUGCUCGCGGGUAUCGCGAAAAUGGAAUAAGAGUCAGACGCUAAACUAUGUUUGGUUCCAGCACUAUCGGAAAGACAACUUCCACGAUGAGAGCUUGCCCCCGGGCAAGUGGACUAAGCGAGAGUCGAAACAGAAUUGGCGUACCACGUACCUCCAGUCUAUCGCGACUCGCACUCCACCCCUCGGCCCACUCAGACCAAGCUCUUACUCCGGCCGCUCCUCCCCCUCGCACUCGGGCUACCAGACUCCGCGUGAGAUGCGCGAAGAACGAUGGCGUCUCGAGGCGGAGGCGACCUUCAGCCCGUCAAAGGUCGAGAUGCGCGAGAUGUACAAGGAGCUAGGUGGGCGGAAGGCGCGCGGGAAGAAUAAGGUGGGUGCGAGCGGUGGGAUCAGAGACAAGGGAGGUUGGGCGGCCGCCGAGGAGGGUCAGAAUGGGUAUUGA